CUUCAACAAUUUUGGUGUCAGACGUGCAACUAUUUUCGUCUUUGGUUAAAAAACAACACAUUUAAAAUAAAACAAUAAAAAUGGCACAGAGAUCUAUAACAUCAUUCUUUAAGCCAGCUGCGAGUGCAAACGCUGAAGAAGUUGCAAAAGCAAAACGGUGCAGGCAGGAAAGUCCUAAUUCUAGUAAGGAAAAUGGUGAACCGGAGCAGAAAGUCCUAAAAAAAUCAGAGAAGUCCCCCAAAACAGAAACAAAGAAAAGUAUACAGAUGAAGGGUAAAGAUAGUCGAUCAAAAAAUAAAUCGCCAAAGUCGACUAAAGAAUCUCCCAAAAGCAUUAUAAAGCCCAGUCCGAUAAAAAAUAAAACUACUGAUAUCAAAGAGGCAAUAAAAAACGAUGCUGUUAAAUUGGAUAUAAAACCCGUAAGCGCAGCCUCAGAUAAUGAACAAGGCUCCAACAAAAGUGAUGCAUUGAGUGUUAAAAAGCUUUCGGUGGAGUCAAAUCAAUGUGGUUCAGAGUAUAAUCCUGCAGCUACGAAAUAUCAUCCCAUCAAAAAUGCUUAUUGGAAUGGCGACAAAAACACACCAUAUUUAGCUCUAGCCAGAACUUUUGAAAUGAUCGAAGACACCAGUGGUCGUUACAAAAUGGUAGAGAUACUUGCAAAUUUCUUAUGUUCGGUGUUAUUGUUAAAUCCGGACGAUUUACUUUACUGCAUUUAUUUGAGUAUAAACCAAUUGGCGCCGGCAUAUGAAGGCGUUGAACUUGGAGUUGCAGAAACUACGUUGAUGAAAGUUAUUGCUGUAUCCACUGGACGUGAGCUGAAGUUUAUUAAGACUCAAACCCAAGAAACUGGAGAUUUGGGUAUUGUUGCUGAGCGUUCCAGAGCUUCACAGCGAAUGAUGUUUACACCAAAACCGCUCACGGUACAAACUGUAUAUCAUAAAUUCAGAACAAUUGCAAAAAGUUCCGGUAAAGCGAAAUCUCCCAUAAUACAUGAUCUCUUCGUGGCAUCACGAUAUUCAGAAGCGCGUUUUAUUAUUAGAUCCUUAAUUGGAAAAAUGCGCAUAGGAAUAGCUGAGAAAAGUUUAUUCCAGGCUUUAGCCACAGCUUUAGUCCAUAGUAGAGCCCAUGAUGGUAAAUCUGCGAAAAAGGCAAAACAGUCUGAAGCUAUUAUGAAGAAAGAUAUCGACGAUAUUACUUUUGUGCUGAAAACUGCUUAUUGUCAAUGCCCAAAUUUCGACAAAAUUAUCUCAACUCUCCUCACUCAUGGCAUUGACGAUUUGCUUACGUACUGCUCAAUGGAACCAGGUGUGCCAUUGAAGCCAAUGUUAGCGCAUCCAACAAGGGGUAUCUCUGAAGUGAUGGAUCGCUUGAAAGGCAAUAUUACAUGCGAAUGGAAGUAUGAUGGUGAACGUGCACAAAUUCACCGCGACAACGAUGGCAAUGUUAAUAUAUAUUCACGCAACCAAGAAAACAAUACAACGAAAUAUCCCGACGUAAUAGGGCGCAUCGAUCAAUUCAAAAAGGAUAGUGUUAAAUCGUAUAUAGUUGAUAGCGAGAUUGUUGCUUGGGAUAUUGAACAUAAACAAAUUCUACCCUUCCAAGUGCUGAGCACAAGAAAAAGAAAGAAUGUAGAUUUAGAAGAGAUUAAAGUACAAGUCUGUGUUUAUGCAUUCGAUUUGUUGUAUUUGAAUGGCGAGGCAUUAACUUCUAAAGACUUUUGUGAAAGACGGCAAUUGCUGAGAGACAACUUUAACGAAGUCGAAGGAGAAUUUCAAUUUCCCACUUCGUGUGACACUAAUGAUCCUGACGAUAUACAAGGCUUUCUGGAAAACUCUAUUAAAGGAAAUUGUGAGGGUCUGAUGAUUAAGUCACUGGAUGACGACGCUUCUUAUGAAAUUGCGAAACGCUCACACAAGUGGUUGAAAUUGAAAAAGGAUUAUUUGACAGGCGUAGGAGACUCGCUAGAUCUUGUCGUAAUCGGUGGUUAUAUAGGUAAGGGCAAGCGAACUGGUGUAUAUGGCGGCUUUUUGCUGGCUUGUUACGAUGAUGAAAAUGAGGAAUAUCAAAGUAUUUGCAAGAUAGGCACAGGAUUGAGCGAUGAAGAUUUAAAUGCGCAUGCCAAAUUUUUCAAAGAACAAACAAUAUCUGCACCAAAAUCGUAUUAUCGAUUUGAUCCAACUCUGGCGCCAGAUAUUUGGUUCGAGGCGGUACAAGUGUGGGAGGUAAAAUGUGCUGAUCUUUCGCUGAGUCCUGUUCAUAAGGCUGGAAUUGGAAUUAUUGAUCCAGAGAAGGGCAUAUCAUUGCGAUUUCCACGUUUUAUACGCAUACGAGACGAUAAGUCCGCGGAGGAUGCAACGUGUGCACAACAAGUUGCCUACAUGUAUCGCAAUCAAGAUCAAGUCAAAAAUCAAAAAUCGAACCCAGCUGAGUUUGAUGAUGAUUUCUAUUAAUCUUAUAUAAAUUCCAAUUAUCUGUUAUUAAGAAAGUUGUUUUUUAUUUGCACGAUUUGAUGUUUUGUAUCGUGUAAAUAAAAACUUAUUGAUGAUUUAACAAGUAUGACAGUAAAAUUUAGUAUGGUUAGUAAAAUUCAGACGUACAUAUGUAUUUUGAAGCUCAUUUAGAUUACAAAUAGAUGUAUUGCUAUCUAUAUAAAAAUAUUGGAGUUCUGAUAAAGCUACCAGUAAGUAUAAUCACGUGCUAGGAAUAAUCAAAAUGGAAA